ACUUAGCUAACUCGACAUUGGUGGAAGUGUGUGACUACACUGGCGAUUGCGGAAAUAACUGCUCAGCCACAUUCAAAUAAAUAAAGGAUUAAUAUUGACUUGCCACCUGUGUAAGCCUGUAAUACUGUCCACAAUGUCCAGGCAAUCCAACCGAACAACAGACAGCAAGAAGAUGAACUCUGAGCUGUUCACACUGACAUAUGGGGCCCUGGUCACUCAGCUUUGUAAAGACUAUGAGAAUGACGAGGAAGUCAAUAAACAACUGGACAAGAUGGGUUAUAACAUCGGGGUUCGUCUCAUUGAGGACUUCCUGGCACGCUCCAGCAUCGGCAGGUGUCAGGAUUUCCGAGAAACAGCCGAUGUCAUUGCUAAGGUUGCAUUUAAGAUGUACUUGGGAACCACCCCCAGUGUGACCAACUGGAGCCCGGCAGGAGAUGAAUUCUCCCUCAUCUUAGAAAAUAACCCGUUGGUAGACUUUGUGGAGCUGCCGGAUAACCACAGCACGCUGAUCUACUCCAACCUGUUGUGUGGGGUCCUCAGAGGAGCCCUGGAAAUGGUCCAGAUGGCAGUGGAUGUGAGAUUUGCCCAGGACACUUUGAGAGGGGACAACGUUACAGAAAUCCGCAUGAAGUUCAUCAAGAGGAUUGAAGAAAAUCUCCCAGCAGGAGAUGAGUAAUGGAAAUGAAGGAGAACUUGUGCAAGGUACACCUUCACCUACAGACUGAAAGGAUGAACAAACCGAGCUCAAAACAUCAAGCUGAGUGGUACAUCUCAAUAGCCAUGUUUCCUGUCCUUGCAAUCUUUAAUAUUGCCUGUGAAAUAAGAGACUUUGCAUUACAUCAUAGUCUGGAUCUCUCACAUUAAAAGUUUGAAAGGAAUCAAGGCUAAUAUUAUAAAAACACUCAGUGUCUAGUGUCUUCAUCCCCUGUUUUUUUCUAUCUGUUUUUAAGAGGAGAAUGCUAGGAGCUAGAAGAGACUAUUGAGAUUCAUCCCAAUGAAAAUAAACACUGUACACUAUUGAAACACAACACGAGAUCAUAACAUGGCUCUGCUAACUUGAAUAUUUUAUGGAUGACAAAAAUAAAAGUCUCGAGUGAUCUUCGGUCCAGUUUGAGAGUUACUCCCUAAUGACAGCUAUCAAUAUAGAGGGGUAAAAGAAUGCCUCGGACCAUUUAUCUGUCACCUUCCCACAGGCAAACUCAAUUUUUCUUCAUUUGACAUUAAAAUUUUUGUCCUCUUUCUUGAAACAGUGAUGCAUUUUUUUCAUUUGGCCAUGUUUAGGCUGUUGUCUUCUUUUUGGUGCAAGGCUGGAAAGCCCUACAUAAUGUCAUGUUUUCAUGUCUGUCUUGUUUUUUCUUUUUUUUUUUUUUUAAUUAAAUCGCAUUAUAUAUUGCUGCCAAUUGUCUGGCAUGAUAAUUUAUGUAGAUGCAUAUAUCAAAUAAAUGCAACAUAUUUGAUAUGA